UUGACCAAAGUGCCCACUUGUAUACAUUCUUUUGGCACCCCUGGUAUAGGUACCGCUUGGUGGGAAAGGCUGGCUGAGGGUCUCUGGACGAGCUGGGGCCUCCACUGCUCCUCUGUGACGGUCCGAUGAUACUAUCUGAUGACCCUUUUCGUGUCCCCCCGUCUUGCCUUGUUCUUCCAGUCGUCCAGCAUGCUCCGCCCACCCCACGCCCAGGCACGCUGACCAUGAGCCUCAACUCCUCCCUGGGUCACUGGAAGGAGCUGAGCAACCUCACCGAGGAGGCGGGUGGCGAAGGGGGCUUCAUCGUCACCGAGUUCGUCGCCAUUGUUAUCAUCACCAUUUUCGUCUGCCUGGGCAACCUGGUCAUCGUGGUGACCUUGUACAAGAAGUCCUACCUCCUCACCCUCAGCAACAAGUUCGUCUUCAGCCUGACGCUGUCCAACUUCCUGCUGUCGGUGCUGGUGCUACCCUUCGUGGUGACGAGCGCCAUCCGGCGGGAAUGGAUCUUUGGGGUGGUCUGGUGCAACUUCUCCGCCCUCCUCUACCUGCUGAUCAGCUCGGCCAGCAUGCUGACGCUCGGGGUCAUUGCUAUCGACCGCUACUAUGCUGUCCUGUACCCCAUGGUGUACCCCAUGAAGAUGACAGGGAACCGAGCCGUCAUGGCGCUGGUCUACAUCUGGCUGCACUCCCUCAUCGGCUGCCUGCCGCCUCUGUUUGGCUGGUCGUCCGUCGAGUUUGAUGAGUUCAAGUGGAUGUGCGUGGCUGCGUGGCACCGGGAGCCUGGCUACACGGCCUUCUGGCAGGUGUGGUGUGCCCUGUUCCCCUUCGCGGUCAUGCUGGUGUGUUACGGCUUCAUCUUCCGCGUGGCCAGGGUCAAGGCGCGCAAGGUACACUGUGGCACCGUGGUCAUCGCGGAGGUGGACGCGCAGAGGGACGGGAGGAAGAACUCCAGCACGUCCACCUCGUCCUCGGGCAGUCGGAGGAACGCCUUUCAGGGCGUCGUCUACUCGGCCAACCAGUGCAAAGCCCUCAUCACCAUCCUGGUGGUCCUCGGGGCCUUCAUGGUCACCUGGGGCCCCUACAUGGUUGUCAUCACCUCGGAGGCCCUCUGGGGGGAGAACUACGUCUCCCCGAGCCUGGAGACCUGGGCCACGUGGCUGUCCUUCACCAGUGCCGUCUGCCACCCCCUGAUCUACGGACUCUGGAACAAGACGGUUCGCAAGGAGCUGCUGGGUAUGUGCUUUGGGGACCGGUAUUACCGGGAACCAUUUGUACAGCGGCAGAGGACUUCCAGGCUCUUCAGCAUUUCCAACAGGAUCACAGACCUGGGCCUGUCCCCGCACCUCACGGCGCUCAUGGCAGCGGGACAGCCCCUGGGGAACAGCAGCAGCACCGGGGACACUGGCUUCAGCUGCUCUCAGGACUCAGGUAAGUCUCAUGCCUGCCGCCUGGCCUGUUUCCCAGACACGGGUGUAGGCGCUGGCGGGGGGCCAUCUCCCAGGGGGCAGCGAAGCAGUUCCGGGGCCAGAGCCAGAGAACCCACCAAGAACCCUAUUCUCCACGUGAAAGCCGAAGUGCACAAGUCCCUGGACAGUUAUGCCGCCAGCCUGGCCAAAGUCAUAGAGGCCGAGGCCAAAAUCAACUUAUUUGGGGAAGAGGCUUUGCCUGGGGUCUUGAUGGCGGCGCGGACUGUCCCUGGGGCCAGCCUUGGGGGCCGCCGAGGCAGCAGAACUGUCGUGAGUCAAAGGCUUCAACUGCAGAGCAUCGAAGAAGGGAACAUUCUAGCUUCGGAACAGAAAUGAGGGCCUCAGGGUGGCCCGUCCUGGACAGGGACGCCCGUGGCCAUCCAUGUCAGGACCAGCAUCUGGGUGCAGCCCCCAGAUAAAACACUCCGUGGUCAGUGACUUCCGUGUCUGUGUGAGGCCACAGGUGGGCUUCUGGUAGGUCCCAGGGAUGGGACCAGAGGCAUCGAAAGCACAAAGCAAAGCAGGCGGAGGUGUGGCCGUGACUUUCUGGGAGGUGGGGGCACAUAAGGGACUAGGGACCAGGCUGGGAAGGAACCACCAUGUGGGGCGUUUCCUUGUUUGCACAACCUGUCUCCUGGGCGUCCAGCCUCACACGGUACCAGAGGCUCAGGACGCGAGCCUUUCCCAGUGCACUCGGGAGGUUGGCACGUCUUCCCAGCAAAGCAAGCUCACCCCAGGCCUUCUGCGUGGUCAGUGCAGACCGUGUGGGGUCCCU